UUUACUGGAGAAAUAGUACAAGUUUAACUAUUGCAUUUAUAAAGGAGGAAAAUGGCUGUGAAGAAUAUCGUGAGCAGUAACACGAAAUCAUUAGUGUCGCUCUUCUCCAAGAGAUCGGAUUGCAUCUAUUCGAGCUGCUUUUGCGAAGAAAAUGUCUGGAAGCUGUGCCAAGAGAUUGCAACGAAGCACGGAUCGGAACUUCAGUAUUGUUACGCCGCUUUUAUAAGCAAUCCAGGACGUAGUGUACCUUUAUGGAGACAACGUUCUGGUAAAGAUGAAGAUAAACUAGUGAUAUGGGAUUAUCAUGUGAUAUUGAUUUAUGCUCCAGAUGAAAGAGCUGUUGUUUAUGAUCUUGACAGUGAAUUACCUUUUCCUACGCAUUUCUGGAAGUAUGCGACGGAAACUUUUCGAAGGGACGAAGCCUUGCCUCCGGAAUGGCAUAGAAUAUUCAGAUUGGUAUUAGCCAGUGAAUAUCUUAAGUAUUUUGCAUCGGAUAGGCAACAUAUGAAAAGAAAAGAUGGGACAUGGAUUAAAACUCCACCAGAUUAUAGUCCAAUUUGCACAUCUACAUGCACCGACAACUUGGAUACUUUUAUUAACAUGGAUCCUAGUUCAGGCUUUGGAACAGUCAUGAGUUUAAAACAAUUAUUUGAUCGUUUUUAUAAAUCAAACGCGACUCCGCAAUCGCAAUCACAAUCACAAACACAAGUAUAAGCUACA